UCAGCAAAGAUGGCGGCGUCCUGUGUGCGAACCGUGGGCUCGUUUCUGGGAAAAUGUGCGAAAUGCAGUUCGAGUAUAAACACAGUCACCACGCAGGUGAGCCUGCAGGUGCUGCUGAGCAGGCAGGUAUGUGUGAGCUCUGCCCUCCGCAGGAAGAACCUGGCGGCCACAGGACCGGAGAAAUUCACUCUGAAGUACAUCCAGAAACAGGUGGAGGAGUUUGAAAUCGGGAAACGCCACCUGGCCAACAUGAUGGGAGAAGAUCCCGAGAACUUCACCCAGGAGGACAUCGAUAAAAGCAUCGCCUACCUCUUCCCAUCCGGCCUAUUUGAGAAGAAAGCUCGGCCCCUCAUGAAGCAUCCUGAUGAAAUAUUUCCCAAGCAGAGAGCUGUCCAGUGGGGAGCAGACAGGCGGCCCUUUCACUUCCUGUUUUACACCGGCAAACAGUCCUACUACUCCCUCAUGCAUGAACUGUACGGUAAAAUCCUGAGCAUAGAGAAGCACCAAGAUCGUCUGAGGGCCAAAGGACUCUUCUCCCAGGACGCCAAGCUGAUCUCUCUUGGCGCGAGCAGGUGGCUGACAAAGGACGAGCUGGAGCUGUUAUUGGUGGAGACCAUCUCUGCUCAUGAUUACGACCGUUUCAUCAAACUGAUGGAGCGCAUGCUCGCCAUGCCGUGCAGCAACACGGAGGAGCAGUUCGUCCUGCGAUACCGUCGGCAGCUGGAGGCUCAGUCCAUGAAGCAGAUGGUGCCGCCGCUGGAGAAGGAUGAAAACGGCGUGGCCUUCAGCACUGCAGAGGGUCGGAGAAAGACAUCGAACUCAUCGGUCAUCCUUCGAGACUGCGGCUCAGGAUGCGUCACCAUCAACGGCAAGGACUACGUCCACUACUUCCCCGUGUUACAGGACAGAGAGCAGCUGAUGUUCCCGCUUCAGUUCUUGGGCACGCUGGGCCGCUUCAACUUGGAGUGUACGGUGAGCGGCGGGGGCAGGUCGAGCCAGGCGGGGGCGCUCAGACUCGCCAUUUCUCGUGCGCUGCUCAGCUUCCUGUCUGAGGGAGAGAGGGAGGCGAUGAGACAAGCUGGUCUGCUGACCCCUGACCCGAGAGUGAGGGAGAGGAAGAAGCCCGGCCAGGAGGGAGCCCGGCGGAAAUUCACCUGGAAGAAACGCUGAGGGGCAGAUGAGUCCCAGCUGAGCUCACACAGGAAACGUUCACACUGACCUCCAGCGUAAACUGGCUUCUUUUCUCUGCAGAGGCAAUGCCACACGUGUCCUCUUUGUUUAAGCUCUCGGUACCAAGUGAACGUCUCCAUGCUGCGCGUUCUCACGCAGCCACCAUGUUUUCAAGAUGCACCUGCUGCAGUGAGCUCCCUCGGCCACCAGAUGGAGGCAUGUUAUAAGAAAUUAGUAGUUUGUAUUGUUU